UUCCAUUAUCUUAGAAACCCGAUAAGAAUUUACCACUUGAAGUAUUCUCCAAUUUAUUACAGCUGUUUGCUUAUCAUUUAUGAAUUGUUUUCAAGCAACUCAGUACUGCAAUUAUAAAAAAUGACAACCGGUUGGAAUGGAUGGUUAGUGGUGUCCCUUUUGGCCGUUGUUGCAGUGGGGGCUCUGAUUUGGAAAAAAAGGAGACGAACCUAUCACAAAGUUGGAAGUGUCAGCAAAUUAUUGUUCUUUCCAAUGAAAUCUAUUCAAGGAAUUGAAGUGAAGGAAGGAAAAUGCACAAAUCUAGGAUUUGAAGUAAAUGGAUUAUUAGAUCGAUCGUUUAUGUUGAUCAAUGACGAGAAAAAAGUGUAUAUCAAUCUUAACGAAGCACCAAAACUUGCUCUACUGACUCCUAAAUUCAGUGGUCAAAAUUUGAUCAUAUCAGGACCUAACGUCUCUCCGUUGACAAUCAAAUUAGAAGAUGCCCCCAAUCCAAAAGCAGAAAUUAUCGAAUGCCAAUUGAUUGGUGAACUUGCGUAUGUAGUUGACUGUGGUGAAGAAUCUAAUCACUGGUUUAGGGACUACUUAAAUAUGCCGAAUAUACGCUUGGUGCGUCACUUUCCAAACCUACCAAAAAGAAAAUUCGUUCAAAAUCAUCCUCUCUACAAGUCACUGAGAAAGAAGUAUACUGUGGCAUUGCAAAAUUUGGCAGCUUUUCAUGUCUUAUCCCAAGCAUCUAUCAAUGACUUAAACGACAGACUGGAGAAGAAAAUUUCCAUUUAUAACUUCCGUCCUAACAUCUUAGUCGAUGGAUGUGAACCAUACGCCGAAGAUUCAUGGAAAUGUAUAAAAUUCGGUAAUGAAGUGGAAAUACUGAAUGCUACACCUUCAACAAGAUGUCUUCUGACGACUUAUGAUCCAGACAUAGGACAUGUAACUCAGAAAGAACCUCUAAAGACGUUACGAAAGUACAGAAUACCCGCAGACAAGGAAAUGCGGAAGAAAUUGGGCCCAAGAGCUUGUUUAGGUGUUUUAUGUUUCGCACUAAAAGAAGGAACUAUUAAAGUAAAUGACGAUGUUUUUGCAAAUUUUGAUUAAAAAAGAAAUUAUGUCACCACUGGCCAUGGGUCACAAAUGUAACCCUAGCGCGUUUUUUUUAAAAUUAUAAUAUGUGAAAUUUA